AUGUGGGCUUCUCUCUGCUCUGUUCUGCUGCUGCAGCUGUGGAGCGCCUGGGGCCUGGAGCACAGCUGGAGGGCCUGCACAGAGCUGCAGCCCCUGGACCUGUUAGCCUCAGCCUCAGCCUCAGCUCCACCCACACAGGUCCAGCUGGUGCAGUCUGGAGGCUCCCGUGGGUUGCGUCUCGCUGCAGGACUCAGUUUCCCUGCAGCUCUGCUCUUCUCCUUCUGCGAGUUCUUCCCACAAGAGUUCUCCAUCGUCACCACAUUCAAGCAGCAGCCUCUCCGAGACAAGAGGGCCCAGUGGCUGCUGUCCCUGCAGGAGGAGGCCCCUGGGGACCGGUUGCUGAUGGGCCUGCGUGUCUCCAGGGGCCGGCUGCACUUCCUGUUCCUCCAGCCGGACUUUGGGCGCAGGCGGAGGGUCACUUUCAGAGAGGUGGUCCUGGAUGACGCUCGCUGGCACACGCUCAGUCUGGCCGUGACGGGACAUUACUUCAGCCUGACUGUGGACUGCACUCUGCUGCUCCACAUAAAACAGAGCCAGCCCUUUCCCAGCGCUCUGAGCACUGCAGGAGCACGCUUCCAUGUGGCCAGUCGGGGGCAGCAGAGAGAAGCAUCCUUCUCUGGCCUGCUCAGACAGCUGGUCCUACUUCCUGGAUCGGACGCCUCUCUCAGACUCUGCCCGUCCCAAGAGCCGGGGCUGUCGGAGCUGUCUGUCCCUCCAGCGCUGAAGGCCGGUCCAGGGCCGGUCCUGGGACAGGACUUCCCCUACGAGGCUGAGGUGCGGGUGACGGGAGGAGUUCGUCCUCACUGCAGCCGUGUGGAGCAGGGACAGCUCUGGUUAAACACUGGCCUCAAAGCACUGUACCUGUGUGAGGGGGACCACUGGACCCCCCUCCUGAGAGCGGAACAGCGGCUGGACUAUGUGGAAGACCACCAAGACCUCUACACCUCCUCUGAGACCUUCGACAUGGAGCUCUUCACCAUCCCCAACGAGGGGCUGUUCAUGGCCACCGCCAACAGAGACUCCGGCUCCGGAUCCGCCAUCUACAAGUGGAACCUGGGCUCCUUCCACAAGUACCAGAACAUCAGCACCUCCGAAGCUCGCGCCUGGAAGCACUUCACCAUCAGUGGCAAGCACUUCCUGGUGGUGGCGAACUCGGCCGAGCUGCAGCCAGAGCGCUCGGUGCUGUUCCGGUGGAGCUCGGGGCGCAGACGCUUCAUGCAGCACCAGACGCUGCAGACCCACUCCGCUCUGGACUGGGAGUUCUUCACCAUCGACAACCACAGCUUCCUGGUGGUGGCCAAUCACAGACGAGCUGCAGACUCCGCCCACAGCAUCGACAGCGUGAUCUACAUCUGGAACCCUGAGACAAAGCGGCUGCAGGUGAAUCAGACCCUGCGCACCGUGGGCGCCUACGACUGGGAGUUCUUCUCCGUGCAUCACUACCACUUCCUGGUUGUGGCCAACACUUUCGACGGCCGCACCACCUCGGUGAGCUCCACCAUCUUCAUCUGGAACCAGGGCCGCUUCCAGCACUUUCAGGACAUCCCAACGCAGGGCGCGGUGGACUGGGAAGCCUUCUCCUUCGACGGGCGCCAUUUCCUGGCUGUGGCCAACAGUCAGAGAGUGUCAGACAGAGCAGUGGACUACACCAUCAACUCCACCAUCUACGAGCUAAGCACUCUCUCUCACAGCUUCCUGCCGUUCCAGAACCUUCUCACUCACAGUGCGGUGGACUGGGAGUUCUUCUCGGUCGGAGAGCAGAGGUUCUUGAUCGUGGGAAACUCUCAUGACGGCAGCUCCUACUCACUCAACAGCGCCAUCUACAGGUGGCAGGGGGCUGAAGGCUUCGUUCUCGCUCACUCGCUGCCCACACUCGGCUGCAGAGACUGGGAGCACUUCUCCACAGCAGAAGGCUCCUUCCUGGUGUACGCCAGCGCCACCUCCAGGAUCAGCAAGGUCUUCCACCUCAGGACCUACUGA